AUGGAGUGCUCCAAUUGCAAGCGCAAUUUUGCCUGGCAUCUUCACGGCCGGGACGGCUGCCAUUACCACAGUGGCUUCCUCCAGCCCAUGGCCUCGACAUCCGACGACAUGAUGGACACGGAACCCACCAUGGAAGACUUUCUUCAGAGCCGCCGAUGGUCCUGCUGCCAACAAGCGGGCAACAACCCGGGAUGCAACUGGGGCCGCCACCAGCUCCGCCAACCACGGUCCCUGGAAGCCCCGGCGGGCGUGCGCACCGGCGGCAACGCGUUCCACAGCGCGAGGGGGAUGAAGAGGCGGAGCUCCGACGACAGCGACUCGGACAGCAGCAGCGGCAGCGGCGGCGAGUCAUCGACCGGCUCGCGAAACAUGGCCACGGGGUUUGGCGUCAAGAUGCGAAGGCUUGACCGGUGGGACAGCAUAGGCGCCGCGACAUUACGCGACGGCCGGCAAGAGGGGACUUUGUCGUUUUUCGCAGGGGCGCAUUCGGGAUAA